CUGGAGGCGAGCACCGGACGAGGAAGAGGAGCAACGGCGCCAGCUGAGGCAGGGCUCGUCACUGGAAAAGUGUGGACAAGCGACAGUCCACACAGGUAUCCAGCCGUGAUCCACUGAAACUCCAGCUGAGGAAGCACCAGAAGUUUUCAGCCUGGACACCUGAGCCACACAAAUGGCAAGCAACAACAGCUCCAAGAUAGCACAAACUCAACAGCUUCUGCUUCUGCUUCUGCUGGCAGAACCGCAGAGAAGGAACAGCAACGACAACAAUGGCAUUAGCCUCUGUUCACUGCUACCCUCUACUGAAACCAUCGUUACGCAUCUCACCUUCUUCAGCCUCGGCGAGAACACCGGUGCUCAGAAGAGCACGAGGAACAUGGAGGCUGCAGCGAUGCCUCUGUUCCCAGUACGCCGACGAACGGCAGCCACCGGGUUCGCCACAGCAGCUGGAGCGCCUCUUCUCCAACCUCAACCAGGUGACCAUGAAGCACGAACCUGGGAGCGUCACCAGUGCCAUCUUCCUUGUGGCCGGCACAACGGUCGGGGCAGGUAUCCUUGCAAUCCCUGCCGUCACACAAGAAGCUGGGUUCUUGGCCUCAGCAGUUACAUGCAUUUUCUGCUGGCUAUACAUGGUCGUGACAGGGCUGUUAGUUGCUGAAGUAAAUGUCAAUACAAUGUGUGAGCUAGGAUCUGGAGGUGUCUCCCUGGUCUCAAUGGCUAUGCGCACUCUAGGGUCAUUUGGAGUAAGAACAGCAUGUGUGUCAUAUUUAUUUAUACAUUAUGCACUUCUUGUUGCAUACGUGGCACGCUCUUCAGAUAUCAUAACAAACUCAUUGGGUAUCCCAUUAUGGGAGAGUGCUACCCUGUUUUCACUGGCUUUCGGGGGGAUAUGUUACUUUGGAAGCCAGCGACUGAUUGGUGCAGUAAAUGGAUUUUUGGUUGUCAGCAUCCUAGCGUCCUUCACUUCUCUUGUUGUGGUGGCAAGUGGAAACCUACAGUGGAGUUCUCUUCUUGAAGCAAAUUUUGCUGCUGCUCCACAAAGUAUACCAAUUAUUGCUCUUUCAUUUGUAUACCAGAAUGUGGUUCCUGUUCUGUGUACAAAUUUGGAGGGAGACCUGUCAAAAGUAAGGACUGCGAUUGUAGCGGGUACUGCCAUACCCCUUGCUCUGUUCCUCGUAUGGGAUGCUGUAAUCCUAGGAAUACUUCCAGGCCUCGCAGGGAGUAGCACUAUUUCUGAUCCAAUAGAACAACUUCGAUCGAGUAAUGGAAUAGUGGGGCCUAUCGUUGAGGUAUUCUCAUUUCUAGCAAUAGGCACAUCAUACAUUGGAUUUGUUCUAGGACUCUCAGACUUCCUAGCAGACUUGCUUAAACUGCCAAGUGGCCAGAACAAACCUCUGCCAUACAUAGUAACUGUGCUCCCUCCGCUUGUUCUGUCGCUGCUUGAUCCAGAGAUAUUUUUCAAGGCAUUGGACUUUGCAGGAACUUAUGGAGUUCUAGUACUGUUCGGAGUUUUUCCUGCAGCUAUGUCUUGGUCAGAGAGAUAUUCAAAUGAGUUGGAAGUUCCCGCACCCCCUAUAGUCCCAGGAGGGAAAUACACUCUCACAGUUGUUAUGGGAGGCGCAUUGCUUGUAAUUUUUUCAGAGAUUAUCAAGGACAUAAUGCAAUUACAAGGACUGCACUGACAAUUGGUGUAACUGAAAGGAUAUAUAACAGUUCCACUACUGAUGCCCCUGUAAAAUUUUGCGCAACACUGCCAACAGGUAGAAUAAUGUAGUCAAAAGCGAUCGAGGCAGUAGCAUAAAUGCUUUUGCAGUUUCAUCGAGCUACGAUGUUGAGUUGAAUUGUUUAAAUGAGAUUUGCUGGAGAUACUGCUAAACACGA